CCGGUUCCGCCUCUAACAUCUCUUCCCCCAGCCAAAGACUAUUUACGCUGGUCUCCGUUUCGAUCCCUCGCGUAGUUGCAGCUCCGAUCUGGUGUCAUCACGCGAACUCUCCGGAUUCUCGUGCAUAUCGGAGAUACGAUCGACUCCCAAGGGUUUCGGCGAGAGGCGUGUCAAUGGUUUGAGAUUGAUGCGUUUUCGUGAUCUUUUUAGAAAAACUGGAGUUAGCCCUUGGAUUCCUUGCGUUGGGACUCGAAACGGCUACCAAAUCCGAUCUUUUAAGGGUUUUCUUGGCUAAAUCUGAGGGAAUUCGUUGAGGCAAGGCACAAACAUUGAGUUUUGAGUCGUGGGAGAUGUACCGGAGCGUGGCCACGAGCGCCACGCGCGGCGGAAUGGCGUCGGAUAGCGGAGAUGUGGUGGUGACGCUCGAUCAGGUGCCGAGGUGGAGCGAUGCGGACCAAAGGUAUUAUGGCGGCGGGGAUUCUUCGUCGCCGUUCUCCUACUUCUCGGAUCCUCUGACGUCGCCUUCUGGAGCUGACUCCGGGGUGACAUCGAGGUUCCCUGUGGAUCACGAAAUCAAUUCGAAGAUUUAUCUUUGGCGUGGCAACCCAUGGAAUUUGGAGGUUGAUGCAGUCGUUAAUUCCACUAAUGAGAGCUUGGAUGAAGCACAUAGCAGCCCUGGUUUGCAUGUUGCUGCUGGCCCAGGUCUUGCAGAGGAAUGUGCGUCAUUGGGCGGUUGCCGAACUGGGAUGGCUAAAAUUACCAAUGCAUAUGAUCUCCCUGCUAGGAAGGUUAUUCAUACAGUUGGCCCUAAGUAUGCUGUCAAGUACCAUACAGCUGCAGAAAAUGCUCUUAGUCACUGCUAUCGUUCUUGUUUGGAGCUCCUAAUUGAGAAUGGAUUGCAAAGCAUUGCCACUGGUUGUAUAUAUACAGAGGCCAAAAACUAUCCUCGUGAACCGGCCGCACAUGUUGCAAUAAGGACUGUUAGGCGGUUUUUGGAGAAGCAGAAAGACAAAAUCACUGCAGUUGUUUUCUGUACCACCACAUCAUCAGACACAGAAAUAUACAAAAGGUUGCUUCCACUUUACUUUCCGAGAGACAAGCUUGAAGAAGAGAUUGCAGUUUCAAAACUUCCAGCUGAUGUCGGAGAUGAGAAUGGUGAGACAAUUAUUGAUGAAAGGAAAAUCAGAAUAAAACCUUUGCCUGCAGUAUCUGCAUCUACUCCAAAACCUUCAACAGCCUCGUUGGAUCUUCCAGUCUCCGAUGUUGGACUGACAUUGAGACGCAAGAAUUCUUUCAGCUUGGAGUCAUACCUGGAUCCUGCAUUUAUGUCAUUGAUUAAAGAUCCCGACCAAAGAAGGAAAGAGCAACAGGAAAAGGCUGCCCAAACACAAAGUGGUUUCAACUGUGCUAAGCUUCUUGGAUUUGGUGAUCUUGGUGGCCCUCCAUUAUCCGCUGCUGAAGAAUACUCACUCCAUUCCAGAUAUCUUGCAAAAGCUAAUUCUCUUAAUCUUUCAGAUAUUGCAGAAAUGAAGAUAGUUUACCGCGGUGGUGUCGACAGUGAGGGGCGGCCUGUGAUGGUUGUUAUAGGAGCUCACUUCCUUUUGCGAUGCCUUGAUCUGGAACGCUUUGUCCUGUAUGUUAUAAAGGAGUUUGAACCCUUGAUUCAGAAGCCUUAUAGCAUUGUCUACAUUCACUCUGCUGCCUCCUUACAAGUGCAACCAGAUUUAGGUUGGAUGAAGCGCUUACAACAGAUACUCGGUCGGAAGCACAAGCGUAACUUACAUGCUAUAUAUGUUUUGCAUCCAACACUGGGGUUGAGGACAGCGGUCUUUGCUUUGCAGCUCUUUGUAGAUGGAGAGGUAUGGAAGAAAGUUGUUUAUGUAGAUCGACUCUUGCAACUGUUUAGAUAUGUUCCUCGUGAGCAGCUGACCAUCCCUGAUUUCGUCUUCCAGCAUGACCUCGAGGUGAAUGGGGGUAAGGGCUUCAUCGUGGACCCAAGAACAAAGUACAUAUAUCAACGAACCCCUGCAUGAUCAGACGCAUUCCAUGGGCUUUUCUGCUUUGGCAUUGUCGUGUACACAACUCGGUCUUUUCUUUUUCUUUUUGUAAUUUAGUUUGUUCAAAGGUAUUUUUAAACGUCCCGAGUCACCUCCCAUGAUGUUUUGAAGGCUAUAAUUCUUGUUAUGAACCAUCUGAAAUGACAAAUAAAGGGUAUUGGUUAUGAUA